AUGCCCUGUAGGCUCCGGUUCCGGCUGCCGCUGACUGCAGCUGCGCGCCUAUUGCCGCCACUGCUGCUGCCAAGCGCCGCAGCCGCCGCCUCCCGCUACGACCCACGCCCCCACGAAACCCCCCAGCCGCCGCAGCCGAACGGCCUCGCGUCCACGUCCGCAGACCCGAGCUCCGCCGCGUCGGCACCGCCCCUUCCACUGCCGUCCAGCCGCACGCCGGCCACCCCGGCCCCGUCCCGUGCUGCCUCACCCUGGCCUCGCCCCGGCCGCCGCCCACGCGUGCGCCCUGCACUAGUGCCGCGCCUACGUCGCCACGACCCCUUCGCCUCUGGGCGGCGACGCCCGCCUCCGCCGCGCCCCUGCGGGCCGCCGCCCAGCUCGCCCUGGCACGCCGGACGCGCCCCGCCGGCCACGCUCGGCCGUGUGGUGCCUCUACCCUGCGCGCGUGUGUGCGCGUCCACACAGCAGCCGCGUGGGCCACUGCCCAGCCGCCCCCUAUGUAGAUUUAGGGGCUAA